CUAUUAAUAAAAGCCCUCGAUCCUAAACUGUCGCCCACAACCUGAACUAACGUGAGAAACGUUAGUUGUUUGUGUUCACGUAGCAAGCGUUAUACGUAGAAAGAAGAAAGAAGAAAGAAGAAAGAAGACAGAAGCUUGAAAGCAACAACCGGCGGCUAGUGAUGUUUAAAAGCAGCCGCUGACCACUUCUUUGGCAGAGGCCGGCAAUGCGGGGCUUCCGCUCGAAGCUGGACGCAGGUGCGCCACUCAACCUGGCCGUGGAGACGGAGAAGGCACAGGCACUGCUCCAGACCUUCAGCACAGCGUCGCUGCUUGCCAGUGCAGCCCUCGGUGCCUUCUGCUUCUUGGCCGACCACGUCCUGGCGUUGCCCUUCAUCCAGCAGCAUGUGUGGCUCCGUGCAGCACUGGACAAUUCGGUGCAUGGUGCUGUUGGCCUGUGGUCCUGGGCCAUCGUCAUUGGUCUGAGGAAGAAGAGCGACUUCUAUGAAGUAGCACUGGCGGGUUUCCUUGCCUCAGUCAUCGACCUGGAUCACUUCUACCUGGCUGGAUCGCUGUCACUCAAGGCGGCACUGAACCUGCCACGGCGACCACCGCUGCACUGCUCCACGCUUAUCCCGGCAAUUUGCUUCUCGCUGCGCCUACUCAUGUGGGCAUGCCGCCUGAAGGACUCAUGGUGCUCACUGCCUUGGAUGCUCUUCAUCUCGCUCGCCUCACACCAUGUUCGCGACGGCGCCCGGCACGGCCUGUGGGCGUGCCCCCUCGGCCACACGCCGCCCAUUUCUUACUGGCUGUACAUCACCAUCACGGCCACCCUGCCCCACCUCUGCUCUGUGCUCAUGUACCUGACUGGCACCCGGGACAUGAUCUCCACCAAGCACGGCGUGGCCAUCGAUGUCUGACCCAGCCUGGGACUCUGCAGGUGCUCCUGCACUGCAGCAGUCUGGGCCUGCAAACACUAGUGUGACCUUCUGGUCCUCUGCUGUAUUGUAUCUAUGGUCAUUUUAACUAGCUGUUCAGGUGUCCCUUUACUAUCAGGUUUAAUGAUUCUGCUCUUGGAUCUGUGCAAAAGAGGGACUCAAGUUGCCGUUCUCGUCAUUUUUGCCUGUUGGAUGGAUGUUAACAAGCCCACCAGUCUGUUUUACACUUGUGAUGGUUCAAAUAAGAUGAUGUUUUCCUUUCUUACUUUAUUUAUUGUUUAUUAAGUAAAUUAUUUUUAGUGUAACCAGGCAGGGGCUGCGUUUGCCAGAUGAUGGUUGUUACAUGCCCUCAGGUCUCUCAGGCAGCGUGAGCACCAUGUUUGCAGCCCAGAGAUUACUCACUUGGCAUCAUAUUGCAGUGCUGCGCUCUAGCCAUUGCAUCAGCACUGCAGCCGCUCUACUGCUGGCCAAGGGGACAGAUGACAGCAGAGACUGGCAGCUUGGCGUGCUCCUUCCGAUCAGAUGAGGAAACCUGACAGAUUUUGUGCACAGAUGAUCUUAUCCACAGGUGAUAAUUUAUCUUAGCAUAACAAAUUAGCCUUCUAUGUUGUGCAAUAAUAGUCUAGAAAUGUGAUUAUUAAGGAUACAGUCUGCAACUGCUUGCUGCAGGAAGGCUAUAUGUACAGUUUCACUGGGCAGAGAUUAGGGCAUUAGAAUGAGUGCAGUCUAAUUAGACAUGGGCACUGUACUCCAGCAAAUUUAGUUUUAAAUGAAACAAUGACUUUGUGUAGUGGAUGUAUUUACAUAUAUAUCGGGUAAGUCAGGAUUCACAGCCCCAAAUUUGCAGUCUGCAAUUUCAGGGGACCAUCAUUCCUGUUUGUUUUGGAGGGCUUUUUGCCUUUUGUCUAGAGUAAGUGAGGUUCAGUUCAGGCCACUUCUUUGGUCAGUCAUUUUUAGGCCCUUAUUUAUAGUGUAUUUUCAUUCCCUUAAAGUCCUGCUGAAAGGUAAAAUGUCCAUUAUGUUUGAAGGCAUUUGGAUGGAUUAGAGCAAUUAAAAUGCCUCUGUACGCUUCAGUUUAUCUUGCUGCCACCAGAGGUCACUUUAUCAAUAAAGUUCCACUGUCUAUGCUACCAUGUUACAGGUAUGUUUUGGAUAAUGAGAAGUUCAUUUUUGUCACACCAUAGUAAAUCAGUCUUCAGUGUAAGAUUCUGGCUCUUUCAUAUGCCACUUGCAUUGAGCAUCGCUGUAAGUAAUGACUAGCCCAGUUACCUUUAUUUAUCUAUUUGCUGACAAGGGACAUUGGGACUACAGCUAAGGGUAACAAAAGCCCAACUCCUCUCUUUCAUGUUUACAGUUACUGUGUAAUUGUCAGUGUAUAAUUGUACAGAUUGUGUAAUGUUCUGCACAUUUUCGUUUCAUUGUUAUUUUUGCAUUAUUAACAUAUUGUCAAAUAUGUGCCAUAAAUCAUAUUUAAUUAAAGUCUCACUAAAAUCAGAA